AUGGGAAUUGUGCGCUCGCUCAAUCUCAUUGGCUGCCACAGCCCCAAGUGCACCAGCACCCACCGUGCGAAGGAUAUGCCCAAACCCACUACUUACAUCCUCUCCCUCUUGCUUCCUGUGAUGGUGUAUGGCCUCAGCAACUCCAACAGCUGCCACUGCCCCUUCGAUGAGGUGGCGAUUAUGGUGAGGGUCGCGAUUGUCUGUGCUCUUCUUGUACUGUGUUUUGUGCUUGCUGUGCCCGUGUCGGUGUCCAUGGCUAUGGCUGUGGCUAUGGCUGGAGCCGGGGCCGGAGGCAGAGAUAUGAUUGUGUUCCCUAUGAUGGCUGUUGCGUGA